CUAUUUUCACUAAUGGAUAUGAAGCCACCUAUUUCACGUGCAAAGAUGAUUCUAAUUACUAAAGCUGCCAUUAAAGCAAUUAAGCUUUACAAGCACGUUGUGCAAAUUGUGGAGAAGUUCAUCAAAAAGUGCAAACCAGAAUAUAAAGUUCCAGGAUUAUACGUCAUUGAUUCAAUUGUUCGCCAGUCUCGCCAUCAGUUUGGAAUUGAUAAAGAUGUAUUUGGUCCAAGAUUUAUUAAGAACUUAACUGCAACGUUCCAGUGUUUGUAUCUCUGCCCUACAGAAGAAAAGAGUAAGAUUGUUCGUGUCCUAAAUCUUUGGCAGAAAAAUGGAGUCUUCAAAAUUGAGAUUAUACAGCCAUUGUUAGAUAUGGCAGCAGGAGCUGAUGCAGCUGCAGAUAAUUCUGCCAACGAUGAAGGCUCUUCCCCACCACCAGUGGCCCCAUCAGAGCCAAUUGAAGAUCCAUCUGAUUCUGGUCCUUCUGUGUCAGUACCACCGUUACCAAGUUCUGAUGCAUUUGCAGCUGUUGCUCAGUUAUUUCAAACUACCCAAGGACAGCAACUUCAGCAGAUUCUUCAGACUUUUCAACAGCCUCCAAAGCCUCAAUCCCCACAGUUGGAUGAAAAUGUUAUUGCACAGGUUGAGGCUAUUACAUCUCAGUUACAGACUGCCCAGUCACAGCAAGCAGAGAAGACCACUACAUUUGACAAGGUAUUGUAGUAUUAAUGUAAAAGU